AUGGUUUUUGAGGAGGCUCCGGAGGUUGUGAAUCGUGGAAAACUCGCUGGCACCUAUUUUCCAGAUCCCGCUGCACCAGCUUCGGUAGGAGGGAGUCAAAGUAGUGCUGGAUCUUCUGCGACUGCAUCGGUGUCAGCUUCAAAGUCAAGUACCUCCACGUCUUCAAGCCCACCGUCCUCUGGUGACACCACAGCUACAGAAGCAUUUGGAGCAUUUGGAGCAUUGAGUAGGACGAGUCCAUCUACCACCAUGAUAGACGUGAACCAGGUGUCUCCACCAUCGGCGCAUGAGGACCUCACAGAAGAGGAAUUUGAGCAGACGAUUGCUUUGGCUCGCAAACUCGUCGUAGGUCCAAGGUACAGCUACCACAUAGCUCGUGGUGGUUACGCCCGAUUGAAGGAGAAUGAAGCAGAACAGGAAGUGGAGCGAAAAAUGCGGUUACAACGAGAGGACUUUAUUCGAAGAAAGAGUACUAGAGU